AUGCAAGCGUACCAAGAAGAUCAGGCGGUGGAGGUGACGACAACGACCAGCACGACUACACCUCGUGAGGUCGAGAAGACUGGGUAUGCCGUCACAACUCCUCAGGAAGAAGAGGCGGUGGUGACGCUUAGGGCGGCAUUUCCGGACAGCGAGUUCGUCAAGAACUUGAACGACACCAUGCUCCUGCGCUACGUGCGGGCGCGAUCCACACUCGACGAAUCCAUCGCCAUCCUCAAGACCACCAUCGAAUGGCGAGCUGAGAACAAGCCGGAGGAGAUGCGGUUGCAGAAGGCCAGCUUCGAGUCGGUGCUCAAGUCGGGCCUGGUCUACUGGCACAAGCACGACAAGCAGGGCCGGCCGUGCGUCGUGGUCUUCCCGCGCCAACACUUCCCCGGCAAGACCACCCUCGAGUGCACCUACCAGGCCUGCGUCUACUUCCUCGAAAGCGCCCGAAACAAGGAGGACCUUCGCAAUACGUGCUCAUCUACGACAUGA